AUGAAAUUAGAAGAACAAAAAGUUCAAGAACUCUUGGAAUAUCUUAUAAAUAACCCAAUAUUCCCUCCCCCAAUUAUGAACCCGAAAUUAUUUUUCGAUCAGUCAGCAAGGCAAUCCCAAAUGAUUGUAACCGAAUUCAUUAUUAGCAAAACCGAAUUCCAUUUGCGUAAAAGAGCUACUAUGGAAGAAAUGUUGGUGUAUCAAAGAUUGUCUGAACAAGUAAACGAGAGAAUCAAAAGAAGAUGA